AAAGAAUGGGAGAGACCAACGCAGCCCAACACAGACCCAGAAAGGGCAAACCCUUCCUGACCCUGAGCCUCCCCCUCCCCCUUCCCCUCCCUCUUCCCUUCUCAUUCUCCCUCCCUGCCAUUUUCCCUGUCUCUCCCCUCCCUAACCUCCAGUUGACCAAUGGAAUCAGAAGCGGAGAAAACCUUUCACCUUUUUGCUGCCUUCGGAGAUUCUUCUUCCAGUGGCAGUAGCAUCAACAAUAAGAACUUUACCAAGUUGUGUAAGGAUUGUGGCAUCAUAGAUGGCAAGACGGUCAACAACACUGAUGUGGAUAUUGUAUUCAGCAAAGUAAAGGAAAGGAAUGCCCGAACCAUCAAUUGGAAUCAGUUCCAGAUGGCAUUGAGGGAGCUGGGCCAAAAGAAAUUCAGGGAAAAAAAGUCAGACGAGAUAUUGGAGCUUAUGUUUGCUCUCAUGAAGGACAAGAGUCCAGUUGCUUCAGGAGUGACUAAAGCAGUGGCAGUGGGCGGUGUGGACCGUUUGACAGACACCAGCAAGUAUACAGGCUCCCACAAGGAGCGUUUUGAUGAAAGUGGUAAAGGGAAGGGCAAAGCAGGACGGGAUGACACAAAAGAAAACACUGGCUAUGUGAGUGGUUACAAAGACGCUGGCACCUAUGACCAGAAGAACAAAUAGAAGCCUGGUUUGCCCUUUAUAGGGAAUGGGGAAUAGGGAGAGAAUGAGCCUCCCUACUUCCUCCUCUCCAUCUUCAUCUUCAUCUCCUUAGCUCUUACUCCAUCACCACCGGAGAGACAAUAAACAUCUGUGUGUGCA